GCAUCCGGCUCGGGAGCGGAGAGCUGUGCCUAACCCCCGGCUCAGGGCUGUGGACGUGUGUGUAUUAGCCCCGGGCUCCGGUAGGUUGGAGCUGCCGGCGCUGUGUUUUUACCGUCCUGUGUAUGGCUUGUCUGCUCAGUGCAGCCUCCUCCCUACAGUUCACCGGCGGCUCGGUGAGUCCCAUUGCGGAGUAACCCCAGGAGCUGGCCCCUGGCUGGAAUGGGUUGCUGCUCAGGCCGCUGUACCUUAAUCUUCCUCUGUACCUUACAGCUGCUGGCAGCAUUGGAGAGACAGAUCUUUGAUUUCCUGGGUUACCAGUGGGCUCCCAUUCUGGCUAAUUUCCUUCACAUAAUUGUGGUCAUUUUGGGCCUGUUUGGGACUAUUCAGUACAGGCCUCGCUACAUUGUUGUGUAUGCUAUUUGGACAGCCUUAUGGGUGGCCUGGAAUGUAUUCAUUUUCUGUUUCUAUUUGGAAGUUGGAGGACUCUCAAAGGAUAGUGACCUGAUGACCUUUAAUAUCUCCAUGCACCGGUCAUGGUGGAGGGAACAUGGACCAGGUUGUGUGCGGAAGGAAUUGACUGCAGCAACCAGUAAAAGCCUGGAUGAUCGCACUUAUAUCUCAGUGACAGGCUGCAUUGUUGACUUCCAGUAUCUUGAGGUUAUUCACAGCUCCAUCCAAAUACUACUGUCACUGAUUGGUUUUGUGUACGCCUGCUAUGUGAUCAGUAUUUUCACUGAGGAUGAGGACAGCUAUGCUGCCAGACAUGCUGAGCUUCUCCAGCAACUUUGUUUUUGUUGCCACGGAUCCAUACGGCAGGAUUGAAUCUCAGCGCUAUCAGGUCAAAGUAAAUGACAGACAACAAAUGAUCAUGAACAGCUGGGCUCCUGCUGAAGAUGUAUUUCAAACUACAGUUCCGAGCAAAGAGAAAACAUUAUCAGGUGUGGGCAGGUACACCCACAUAAUAAUUCAUUUCUGAUCAAAACUCAAGUCAAGGACUAAUUUUUAGGCAUAUCCAAGUUGAUUAAGAAAUGCUACUUGGUUCUGCUUACUGACUGUUUCUUGUCCAAUUCUCUACAUUAAUAGUAUCUAAUAUGGAGCAUCCAGUUAAAAUAUAUAUACUGAAGCAAUCAGUAAAUUCAGUAGUCAAGUGAUCUGUUUCAGGCAAAAUCCACUGUGAAACAGAAAAACAUAAAACUGGACUUGUGCUGAAAGUGAAUCUGAUGGUAGCAACUGUUUCUCUGUAGCAUAUUUGAAUGAGUCAGUUUUCAACUUGUACAAAAAUACCUUUUUUUAAUGGAUUUAUGAAGUAUUAACUCUUAACACAUUUGUAAGAUGAUGUUAGCACCCCCGUAUUUUGUAGUCUUGUGAAUGUUACAAAUAUUUUAUGGGCAACAUCUUUUAGGCCAUUCAAUGGAUUAUAGAUUAGGUGAUUAAAAGAAAUCUUUUAUUCUUAUCAUUGCUGUGUUCCUCUCACUGGAGUAGUUGAAAACCUUGUUCAUGUUCUUCUGCUCAGUAGAGCAUGUGGCAUGAUUGUAAUAUCCACAUUGAUAAAUCCAGUCUAUAAUCAUUCCCCAUUGUUUCAGAGCCCACAGAAAACUAUACUUAUAGCCUUCACUUGGAGCACAUCCACAGGCAGCACCUAGACUCCACAGCCUAGAUGUUCGACCUCACCUGAAAAAGAAGCAUGCAAGACCUGGGCUGCAUGCAUAUGCUCACCUUGGUUCAGCAAUGAAAGACUUCCCCAGGCACAACACUCCCUGCUUAUUAAUGGUACAGCUGUCAGGGGAAAUCUAGCACCUUCACUUCUACUUUAAAAGCACUCGCAUGUCAAUUGCAAGAACAUGAUACUGACAUUAUUGGUGUAUUAAGAGAGAGGGGUGUCCUUGAAAUUUGCUUAGAUCGGUUGUUUUCUAAGAACUCCGGCAGAAGGUGUUACUGGUGGUCAACGGUGCUCUUCCAUUUCAUGGAUUUUAAUGCAGUAUUGCAGUAUAUUGAACCAAGACCAGAAAUCAGGAAAUAUAUCAAGGUGUGUACAAGCUUUGCUUAUGCAAGCUGAUAAUCCACACAGUUUCCCACAGCACUAAAGUUUACCUGUCCAGGCUGUGUCUGCAAUUGCUGGUGUGCCAACAGUACUGGCAGGAUUGAUGAGUCUUGCUUGAAGCCCGGAAACUAACCUGAAUUGGGAGCUAGCUAGGGAAACAAAAACAACACAGAAGACAUGUGCAGGAUGAAUGAGUCGUAAUUGUUGCCAACAAUAUGGGUUGUAGCUUGCAUGAUUUGCUGUCUGCUACAACAAAGUAGCUGCAUUCCUUGAAAAUGCAUCUGCUGCGCAUAUUUGGGGAAUGUAAUACGUUACUCCUGGCAUGGAAUUGAGUGACCCCUGAUACAAUAGUGGAUUGCACAUUAAGCAUUGAGCUGGCAUAGCCUGGGAUAAUCCCUGGUGUAAACAUUAAUGACUACUGUGUCCAUAACUGUCAUAGGAAUUGCUUUCCAUGCCAUGGUUUGAAGGCUGAGUCAUGGCUGCAGCAGAUGAUGCAGCUCUUUGAUAUUUCCCAUGGUGAAAGAAUGGCACCUGAGGUCUUGCUACUCAGUGAUGUUGAUAGAUAGGAACUGUUCACUAAAGAUCCACUGUGUGGCUGGUCUGCUAUACUGACCUCCCUUCCUCUAGUCACAUCCAAAGAACAAGAGAAAUAAUGUCACACUAUAAAAACCAAGCUGUUCCCAGAAUCAAAAUAGCGAGAAGCUUCAGCAAUUAACUAGCAACGCAAUAUGUCAAACCAACAAGUAACCGUUAUGAGAUCAAUGAACCCUUUAAGUAGCACUCCUUGAUGACUGUGUCAUGAUUUUCUAGCGGAGUUCAUCUCUAAAGAAUGAGAUACUUGAACACAUUAUUCCAUAUUCCUUAGGUAUCAUCUUACACGAUACAACAGACACAAUCCAAUUAAAUGUCUAGGCUAACGAAUCAGUUUGAAGAGGGCAUUCAAUAAUAUGGAUAUUAAAGUCUAGAAAUUACUUUUGAUGAAAUUAGCAAAUGGACAAUUCAUGUACAAGGAUGAGGCUUUCUGUCUGCUAUUGUAACAGGGUGGGUGUUAAAUAAAUGCCCACUUACCUUAACCAUAAUGUCCAGUCUGAUCUAUGGAGAAUGGGGGAGAGGGACUAACCCAUUUAGUGACUAUUCAAACAAUUUCAAGUUUAAACUCUGAACCAGUGAUACGUAUUUGUUGUAUACAAAAUUCUAAAAUGAUGGUGCAUUUUAUUCAGAAUAUGAAAUUUAGAUGAACAGAAUUUUCUGAUGUUGAACUUUGUAUACAUUUUGCAAAGAUGGAAAGAAAUCUAAGUUUAAUCUAAACAUAUUUUCUGGAAAUACUUUCUCAAGAGAAGCUUUACUUCCUAAUGUACCAGGAAGCAUAUCUCCAACAAAACAGGCUAGCAACUCCCAAGCACCAAAUUUCUUAUCAUGAUCAAGAUCAGACAGCCCAAGACCCCUCUCUAUGGCUGAUAUCAGUCCAGCAAUUCCAGGAUUUCAUCCCUUUUUGUAAGCCCAGCCAUUUCCUGGCAACGGGAGAUGUAAUGAAUGGAUUAUCCCCAACCUCCAGAUCAUGAGAAAUUCCCAAACUUCUGAAUUCAUUCCCAUAUCUCUUCACAAGGAACUCUCAUUCACUCAGAGUUAGCACAUGUAGUCUCGAGGCAUUCUGAAGGGAUUUGAAACAAUUCCAAGCGAAAGUGAUCGAUCCCGGAGAAGACCAACGCCUGAAGCAGUAGCUUGUUGUCAGGUAAAGAAAGAAGUUGCUGAUAACUUUGCAGCCGUGGUGCAGCAGGAAGCUGCUCAGAUUGGUCUUUUGUCAGCACGGGCACAGCCCCUCCCCAACACAGAUGGCACAGGAAUACAGUGCCCAAACUAACAACUUUCCUGAAACUCUGCUGACAGAGCUGAAUGCCCAACUUUUAGCAUUAUCACUUUCCACUCUAUUAAUGUCAAAAUCAAACGUUGCAACUGCUUGACAAACUUGUUUUCACAGUCAGAGUCAUUGGGAUGUACAACACAGAAACAGACCCUUCGGUUCAACUCAUCCAUGCCGAUCAGAUAUCCUAAAUAAAUCUAGUCCUAUUUGCUAGCAUUUGGCCCA